AUGGCUCUGAAGAGAAUCCACAAGGAACUGAACGACCUGGCGCAGGAUCCCCCAGCACAGUGUUCCGCAGGUCCUGUCGGGGAAGACAUGUUCCACUGGCAAGCUACCAUCCUGGGGCCGAAUGACAGCCCCUAUCAGGGCGGAGCAUUUUUCCUGACGAUUGAUUUCCCAACAGAGUACCCCUUCAAGCCACCUAAGGUCGAAUUUACAACAAGAAUUUAUCAUCCAAACGUCAACAGUAACGGCAGCAUUUGUCUUGAUAUCCUUCGCUCACAGUGGUCUCCAGCACUGACUAUUUCAAAAGUGCUUCUGUCCAUCAGCUCCCUGCUGUGUGACCCCAACCCAGAUGAUCCCCUCGUGCCUGAGAUUGCUCAGAUCUACAAGACAGACAGGGAAAAGUACAACAGAACAGCUCGGGAAUGGACUCAGAAGUACGCCAUGUGACUAAAGAGAUUAUUGGAUAUCCUCUACACGUCAAGGCUAGGGGAACUCGGAAGGAGAAGGCCUUCUGGUUCCCACUGGACUGUUUGCUAUGAACCACGCUGCACCUGCUUCAUCCUUCCCGGUGCAGGUUUUUCACCUGACACAGUACUGCUGCAAGCUGUACUUCUGUACCAACACUGUCUCCUAGCACAGUAACCAAGAUGUGAGAUUAAAAGUUUUCCUCAUU